AUGGCAAGCCUUCUUCGACGGUUGUUCCCCAGUAUAUCAUCUGCAGAAGUGCUGCCAACCCUGAAAAAGACGAAUAUGAAUUCUUCAGACCUGCCUGAAAUUUUCCGGCCCCCUAUUAACCGUUCCAUGCGAACUCUUGAUAGAUCGUUCUUUCGCAAAGUGGUCCCACUAGCUGCUGCCACCGUUUCUGACUUGAAGCAAAUUUCUAAUGUGCGGAAAGAAUUGGACAAAUCUGGGGACAUGCUUCGGCUGCAUCCGAUCAGACCUCUGCGGGACGAUGAAUCUAACCCGGGGGGGAAAUGUUUCCUACUAAAACCGGGUAUUGAUGCCAGGGUACCGUCUACAUGGACACCGACUGUCUCAAAACUCGUGGAAGCGCAUCUGGCGAAGGUCCGACCGUACGACCUGACCUUGACAUAUGAUGAUUGGACCAUGCACAAUAUUCUUGAGGCCAUUCUCCCAGAGAUCCCGGAAGACGAGAAAGAAACCCCUGCAGGCUUCGCCCAGGUCGGACAUGUUGCUCAUGUAAACUUACGCACGCCAUAUCUGCCAUAUAAGCAUUUGAUCGGUCAAGUACUGCUCGACAAAAAUCCCACUAUCCGAACAGUCAUCAAUAAGACUUUCGAUGUCGGCACGGAAUCCGUGUUUCGAACAUUUCCCUACGAAGUCCUUGCCGGUCCUGAUGAUCUCGACGUCAUUGUUCAUGAAGCAGGAUGCGAGUUCAAAUUCAACUUCGGCAAAGUGUACUGGAACUCUCGACUAGGGACGGAACACGCCCGGGUCUUCGAGACAUUCAAAGAAGGCGAGGCCGUCUGCGACGUCAUGGCGGGAGUAGGACCUUUUGCUGUCCCCGCGGGGAAAAGGAACGUCUUUGUGCGAGCGAACGACCUGAAUCCUGAUUCAUACAUCAGCCUUCAAGAUGCCAUCAAACGCAACAAAGUCGCCGACUUUGUUACAGCGUCUUGCGAAGAUGGAAGGAAUUUCAUUCACCGAGCAACGACCGAACUCGCAAAAAAUCCACGAACAGUCAUACUGGCUUCGAAACCCAAGAUUUCACGCAGUGCCACUGAUGAAGAAAAGAAGGCAGCACAAGAAGCCGCCAAAAAGUCUGCCAGAAUGAUUCAAGAGCCAACAGCUUUCUCCCACUAUGUAAUGAAUCUACCAGCCAGCGCUAUCGAAUUUUUGGAUGCUUUUAAAGGUACCUAUUAUGGCCGCGAAGCCGAGUUCGCGCCGGUCACUGAGACGAAGCUGCCUUUGAUACAUUUAUAUCUCUUCCAAGCUAAGCAUGCCGAAGAAGAAGCCGAAUUGCAGGAAAUCUGUGAGCGGAUCUCCACACACGUUGGAGCUGAAGUCAGACUUGAUGAUCCAGAGCUUGAAAUGGAUAUCCGAUACGUUCGGCUUGUGGCUCCCAAAAAGAAGAUGUUUUGCGCCACAUUUCGAUUGCCAGCAAGCGUUGCCUUUGCGCAGCCUUAA